AUGGAUAUCAGCGCAUUCUUAUAUGACAAUUUACCUUAGCCUUAAGAAAAUAAUGAUAUAAUCUCAGAAGAAUGUCAUCAAUACCUUUCUAAAUUGAAUUUCAAUAAAUCUUUAUUUAGAAUGCAAAGUCCUGAACCUUCAAUUCAAGAUGAUUGCUUCUAAAAUGAAAAUGACUAAUCUUUUGAUGUAGAUUUUGGAGAUUUGAAAUAUGUUAACGAUGAAAAGAAAUGUCCUUUUGAUGAAGAAGGAGAUAUUUAAUGUUCGAAGAAGAUUUAAAAAGCCAAAAAGUUAAAGAAAAAAAGCAAAGAUAGGAAUGGACCACUUUCUGAGAAAGAAUUUAUAGAAAUAAUGAAAAAACUAGAAUAGUGCCAGUAAGUGAUGAAUAUGAUUGAUAAUAUGUCCAUGAUAUUAAAUGGAUUUAAGCUCUAGUUAUAGAAACAAAGGAAUUCAACUCAUUAGCAGCAUAAGUGA